AUGGCUUCAAGAAUUCCAAUUCCGUCCUCCCACUCCCCAAGACCAGGCUUACAGCAGCCUUCGGUACAUUUUCCCUCUGACGGUCGAGAUUCACCUACUUUUCAUCGGCACGCAUCUACUGCGUCCAUGUCAACCCCCUCUGCGAUCUCCGCCUCUGACACUCGGAAAAAGCAGAGCAAGCGUGAUGAGGCUAUUCGGAAGAAGAUAGAAUCAGAGCUUGCUCGAAAGCGUACCUUGUCCACUCAUAAUUCGAACAAAGGCCACCGGCGGGGCAAGGCUGCCCCCCCAAAGGGAACCGUGGCUGCUUUGAAGCCCCUGUAUGCCCUGACGGUCCCCGAGUCGAUGACCGUGUCGGAUGCUAGUCAGCUUUGUGCCGCAAAGAGGACGGAUUGCGUGCUUGUUAUUGAUGACGAUGAGAGUCUUAGUGGAAUUUUUACUGCGAAAGAUUUGGCUUACCGGGUCACUGCAGAGGGUCUUGAGCCUCGUAAUACACCUGUUAACCAAAUUAUGACCGGGUCACCGAUGGUCACCCGAGAUACAACGAGCGCCACUGAAGCGUUGCAACUCAUGGUUCAAAAAGGUUUCCGACAUUUGCCAGUAUGUAACGAGGAUGGGAACGUAAUGGGUCUUCUCGACAUUACAAAGGUCUUUCAUGAAGCACUUGACAAGGUUGAACGUGGCUCGUCUGCUUCCCAAAAACUCUACAGUGCCCUCGAAGGUGUUCAAUCUGAGCUCGGACCUGGCCUUGCAUCCAAUCCUCAAGCUGCUGCUAUGCUUGCGUAUGUCGAAGCACUGCGCGAGAAGACAGCUCUGCCAGAUUUGACUACCAUCAUGGACUCACGUACACAGCCUGCCACUGUCUCUCCAAAGACAACUGUGAAAGACGCCGCCAAGUUGAUGAAAGAGAGGAGAACGACGGCUGUGUGCGUUAUGGAGCCCGGUGUGAAUGGUGCUCCACCUAAGAUAGCCGGCAUCUUUACCAGCAAGGACGUUGUCCUUCGGGUCAUCGCCGCCGGUUUAGACCCUUCACGAUGCAGCGUUGUACGAGUCAUGACCCCACAUCCUGACAUUGCUCCCCCGACAAUGACUGUGCAAGAUGCAUUGAAGAAGAUGCACGUUGGACAUUAUCUUAACCUUCCUGUUGUUGAACCUGAUGGACGGUUGGUUGCCAUUGUCGACGUACUGAAGCUCACCUAUGCGACGUUGGAGCAGAUGAACUCCAUUGCUUCGGAAACUUCUCAAGAUGCCGAGGGAGGUCCCAUGUGGGGUCGUUUCUUCGAUUCUUUUGGGGCGGGAGAUGAUAACGAAUCCGUCAUGUCCGGAUCCCAUAUUCCUCCAGAUAUGCACCAGUUCCCCGCCUCACCAUCUCGAGGCUUAAGCCAGUCUGAGGAGGUUCAUCCGAAUGACUCUGCCUCUGCAGUGGCUGACCAGUCGGCUCUUGACCGUUCCGGUAUUCACCCAUCAACCCGCACAGGAUCGGUGAACAACGCACCCCCGCCGAUUGAUGAUGGAACAUAUGUUUUCAAGUUCCGCACACCUAGUGGUCUAACGCACCGUUUCCAAGCUCGCAGUGACAAUUAUGAGAAUAUUGUUGAUAUAGUGUCUGGCAAGCUCACAGCGGAUCCGUUCUUCACGACGCCACCUUCCGAUGGUCUGGCUCCGGAACCGUCGGAUUUCUCGAUAUCUUAUGUUGACAGUGAUGGUGAUACAGUCGUCAUCACGUCUGACAAUGACGUCGCCGAUGCUGUACGAAUCGCUCGGGCAGCUGGUUCCGACCGCGUGGUGCUCUUCUUGCAAGGCGGGAUGGGAUGGGAUGAAGCCGGUGCGCGUGAGGGUGAGAAGAAGGCGAGAGAUGCUGCUCUUGCUGCUGCUGCCAUCGAGACUGAAGUUCGCAAGGCCGAAACCACUGAGCCCACCCAUUUUCCAGAUGGAGCAACAAUCCCACCACCCGCCCGCACCCCCAUAUAUGGUGCUGGAGAUGACAUUUACGGCAUCCCUCGCGACAUGAUUCUGCCUGCCAGCUUGGGCUUCCUUGGUGUUGUAAUCAUUGGCGUCUUCAUUGCCUCUCGCAUGUCGCGCGAUUAUUAG